AUGUCCUGCUACGACCUGUGCCUGCCCUCCUCCUGUGGUCCCCAGCCGCUGGCCGCCAGCUGCAACCAGCCCUGCUUCCGCCGCUGUGGGGACUCUACUGCUGUCAUCCAGCCCCCCACUGUCAUGGUUACUCUGCCUGGGCCGAUCCUGAGCUCCUACCCACAAAACACGACAGUGGGGUCCACGGCGUCAGCAGCGGUCGGGAGUUACCUCCGGUGCUGUGGGGUCCCCAUGGCCUCCGGCAGUCCCCGGGGGCUGGGGAAGGCUGCUGUUGAAGGGGCGCUGAGCGCAGCCCGCACGGCUGGGCAGCUCAUUGACAUGAGCCAGCACAAGGGUGAACAUCCUCGCAUGGGGGCCCUGGACGUCUGCCCCUUCGUGCCAGUGAUGAACAUCAGCAUGGAGGAGUGUGUCACCUGCGCCCACAUCUUCGGACAGCGCUUGGCAGCAGAGCUGGGUGUUCCUGUUUACCUGUAUGGAGAGGCGGCGCGGGAGGACAGCAGGAAAGCCCUGCCCACCAUCCGCGCUGGGGAAUAUGAGGCACUGCCUGAGAAGCUUGCAAAACCAGAGUGGGCUCCUGAUUUUGGGCCCCCAACCUUUGUACCCCGGUGGGGGGCAACGGUGACGGGUGCCCGGACUUUCCUUAUUGCGUACAACAUCAACCUGCUGUGCACCAAGGAGCAGGCUCACCGCAUUGCCCUCAACAUCCGUGAGCAGGGUCGCGGCGCUGAUCAGCCCGGGCGCUUGAAGAGGGUGCAGGGCAUCGGCUGGUAUUUGGAGGAAGAGAAUAUAGCUCAGGUUUCAACAAACCUGCUGGACUUUGAGACCACACCGCUCCAUGUUGUCUACGAGGAGGUCUGCCAAGAUGCGAAGGCACUGAACCUCCCCGUGGUGGGGUCCCAGCUGGUGGGACUUGUCCCCAAGAAGGCCAUGCUGGACACGGCUGAGUUUUACAUCAAGAAGGAAAAACUCUUCAUCCUGGAGGAGGAAGAGAAGAUCAGGCUGGUGGUCAGCCGUCUGGGCCUGGACUCCCUGUCUCCGUUUCACCCCCAGGAGCGCAUCAUCGAGUACCUGGUGCAGGCAGGAGAGGUGGAUGGGGGGCUGGUGGCCAAGCCACUGGUUGCCUUCGUGCGAGCAGUUGGUGGGAGGUCAGCAGCGCCAGGAGGAGGCUCUGUGUCUGCAGCUGCAGCUGCCCUGGGAGCCGCACUGGGCUGCAUGGUCGGGCUGAUGAGCUAUGGGAAGAAACAGUUUGAGGAGCUGGACCCCAUCAUGAGGAAGCUGAUCCCCCCCUUCCACCAGGGCAUGGAUGAGCUGGUGGCACUGGUGGAUGCUGACUCCCGCGCCUUCAGCAGCUACAUGGAAGCUAUGAAGCUGCCACAAAGCACCCCUGAAGAGCGGGAGAGACGCACGUCUGCCAUGCAGCAGGGGCUGAAGACAGCCGUGAGGGUGCCCUGUGCCCUGGCAGAGAAGGUGAGCAGGCUCUGGCCUGCUCUGAAGGAUCUGGCACGCCACUGCAACCUGGCCUGCAAAUCUGACAUCCAGGUAGGAGCCAAAAUGCUGGAAGCAGCUGUGUUUGGAGCUUACUUCAAUGUCAUGAUCAACCUCAAAGACAUAACGGACGAGAAGUUCAAGCUUGCGAUGUCACAGAAGGUCUCCGGGCUGCUGGAGGAGGCGAAGCAAGGCUCAGCGCUUGUGCUGGCACUGCUGGAGAAGCGGGCGCUCUGA